AGGAGGAAAUGACCUUUCACAUCACUGGAGGCCACAGCAAACUCCUCCUACCUCAUGCUGUCUCCAACCUCCAGUGACCUCUAUGACCUACAGUGACCUCUAUGAUAUCCAGUGACUCUAUGCUCUCCAGUGACCUCUAUGACCUACAGUGACCUCUACGCCCUUCAUUGACUUCUCCGACCUUCAGUGACCUCUACGACCUCCAGUGAAUUCUACGACAUCCAGUGACCUCUAGGACCUUCAGUGACCUCUAUGAUUCCAAAGACCUCAGUGACCCCCAGAGACCUCUAUGUCCUCAAGUGACCUCUACGACCUCUACGACCUUCAGUAACCUCUACGACUUUCAGUGACCUCUGACUCCAAAGACCUCAAUGACCUUCAGAGACCUCUAUGACCUCAAGUAACCUAUGGCCUCCAGUGACCUCUACGACCUUAAGUGACCUCUAUGACCCCGAGUGAAGUGUAUGACCCCUAGUAAACUCUAUGAACCCCAUUGACCUGUACGACCCCAGUGACCUCUUUGAACCUCAGUGACCUCUACGAGAUUCAAUGACCUCUAUGAGCUACAGUGACCUCUGUGACCUAAAGACCACACUACCCUUCAGUGAUUUCGAUGACCUUCAGUGACCUCUAUGACCCCCAGUGACCUCUAUGACCUCUAUGACCUCUAGUGAACUCUAUGACCUUCAGUGACCUUUACGACCUUCAGUGACCUCUACGACCUUCAGUGACCUCUACAACUUCAGUGACCUCUAUGACCUCCAGUGGCCUCUACAACUUUCAGUGACCUCUAUGACCACCAGUGACCUCUAUGACCCCCAGUGUCCUCUACGACCUUCAGUAGUCUCUAUGACCCCUAGCGACCUGUACAGUAUCCAGUGACCUCUACGACCUACAGUGACCUCUACGACCUCCAGUUUUUUACGACAUCCAGUGACCUCUAUGACCUGCAGUGACCUCUAUAGCCCCGAAGACCUAAAUGACCUUCAAAGAUCUCUACGGCCUCCAGUAACCUCUAUGAUCUCCAGUGACCUCUAUGAUCCAUCAGUGACUUCUACGUCUUUAAGUGACCUCUAUAACCCCAGUGACCUCUAUGAGCUUCAGUGACCUCGACGACCUUCAGUGACCUAUACGACCUUCAGUGACCUUUAUGACCCCAGUGACCUGUAUGAUCACCAGUGACUUCUAUGACUUUCAGUGACCUCUACGACCAUCAAUGACCUCUACUACCCCAGUGACCUCUAUGAUCUUUAUGGACCUCUACGUCUUGCAGUGACCUUUAAUGACCUUUCUGUUGUUAAGUAACCCUGCGAACUAUAUAAACGUAGGUAUCAGGUUAAUGUGUCUUUACCAGUAUACAGAAUGUUACACUUUUUACAAGAUUGGAACUAUAACUCUUAAAAUAAUAUAAUCUCGGAACUUAAUUAAA